AUGGGACGCAGACGCAGCACGGCUCAGCACAGCGAGCCGCCGAGCGCCACCUGCUGGCGCGGCUAUCAGCCUGGCACUGCGCUGGCCGCGGCGGCGUGGCGGCUUGGUCACGGCGACUGGGCAGGGACGUUCGAGGUGCCCACCGCCUUCAUAAGUACUCUUGAGGAGACGGUGAAGAAUGAACCUGCGUCACCUCAACAGACGUUCGAGGUGCCCACCGUCUUCAUAAGUACUCUUGAGGAGACGGUGAAGAAUGAACCUGCGUCACCUCAACAGACGUUCGAGGUGCCCACCGUCUUCAUAAGUACUCUUGAGGAGACGGUGAAGAAUGAACCUGCGUCACCUCAACAGACGUUCGAGGUGCCCACCGCCUUCAUAAGUACUCUUGAGGAGACGGUGAAGAAUGAACCUGCGUCACCUCAACAGACGUUCGAGGUGCCCACCGUCUUCAUAAGUACUCUUGAGGAGACGGUGAAGAAUGAACCUGCGUCACCUCAACAGACGUUCGAGGUGCCCACCGUCUUCAUAAGUACUCUUAAGGAGACGGUGAAGAAGUGA